ACACACACACACACACACUUUUUCACACUUCUCUAUUUCUCAUUCCGUUUCCUCAUGGUCUCGUUACGCUUAUAUUCCCGAUGUAAACGGAAUAUUUUAGUUACGCAGAAGAAUAACAGCACGAAGAGCCGCACGACCUAACUACACUACACGUCCGCUGGAAAUAUCGUUCUGAGAGAGAGAAGCAAGCCGAACCACAUCGGAAACUAUAACCAAAAAUAAAACAUACAAACAUAUAUAUAUUUAUAUAAAUAAAACAGAAAAACAAAAGCAAAAAAAAAAAACAGAAAUAUAUAACUGAAAAAGAAAACAAAAUUAAUAUAUAUUUUUUUUACAAAAUAGACAUAAGAAGAAAAAAUCCAAACCAGGCAACACUACAGGCGCACAUGUUCUUUGAAUCUUGCGGAAUAUACACAACUAUUCGCAAGAUAAACACGUAACAUAUAUUGAUAUAUAUAUACACAUAUAUAUAUUUAUAUAUAUCACAGCCGAUGAGAAAAGUGUUUAUACAGUCGCGGAAAGAUUGUCAUACAGAAUGAGUGAGGAAGUGUCGAAAAUCGUUGAUUCCGACGGCAAUCAUAUGGUGGUGAAAUACGCCAAUGGAUAUCCAUUCCCGUCGUUUGAGAAAUUAAAAGACAAUCUUGACGAGUUCAAAAACUGGACACCGAAACCUCAGGAUGUCUUCCUUUUUGCCUAUCCGUCAUCUGGAACGCAUUGGUUGUGGGAAGUAACCUGUAUGCUGAUUGAGGGCAAAGCAGAACGAUUGCAACUAGAAAAAGAACAUUACAUGAUUGAAAACAGCAGCUCGAAAACAUUGGACAACUUGAAAGAGCCGCGUGUAUUAAAUGCACACGUUUAUAUCGAGCAAGUUCCUGAAUGCCUUCUUGAAAAUAAUAAAAUAAUCUUGAUUUCCCGCAACCCCAAAGAUACUGCUGUCUCCUGGUAUAACCACAAUGUUGCUGACCUGGAAACGGAUUACACUGGAAAGUUUCCUGCCUUUUACGAAUUGUUUAGAGUUGGAAACGUUCCUAAUGGCGACUGGUUCAACUACAAUAAAACCUGGUGGGAAUGGUCUAAAGGAAGAUCAAAUGUUCUCUGGGUGACAUAUGAAGACGCGAAAUCGGACUUGAAAUCAGUGACUAAGCAAAUAGCAAAGUUCCUUGAAAUUCCAGCUUCCGAUGAAUUGUGCCAGGCCAUUGCUCAAGAAUGUACCUUUAAAAAGAUGAAAGCGGAGAAGCACAACUUGCUACCUUUCGAGUUACGUGGUGACAUGUCGUUUUAUAGAAAAGGUCAAGUCGGAGAUUGGAAAAACUGGUUCACUGUAGCUCAGAACGAAGAUUUUGACCAGAUAUGGGACGAAAAAAUGAAAGACUGUGAUCUCCCAGUCCAAUUCACAAUUUAAAAGAUGAAAUUUAAAGAUAUUGUAGAACGACUGACAUAUAUUUUAAUUACCAUUACUCUAAUUGUGGAGGUAUUGUUUGAACUAUAGCAUUUGGAUAUGGUAUAUAUAUAUAUUAAUGUGAUCCUAUGUAUAGGUGACAACAGUCAAAACAAAAAAUUUUUCCCAAGUAUUUAACAUGAUAAGAAUUAUCUAAAAAUGCGAUUACAAAAGUAAGGAUUAUAAUUUUGAGACAGUUGCAAUAGUAAUAAGGAUAAUGAUAAUAAAGAUUUGUAAUAAUAGCAGCAGCAGAAGCAACAACAACAACUACUACUACUACUACUACAACAAGAAUAAUAAGCUUUUAUGGGCCACAAGGAAAUUAUUUAAUAUUAAACUUGUUAUACAAUAUUAAACUUUAUAAUACAAACGCAGUUACAAAAUGUGAAGGGAUAUACAUGCAAACAAACGAACAAACACAUAGAUAGAUAGUUGCAUGCACACAUACAUACAUACAUACAUACAUACAUACAUACAUACAUACAUACCCACAUACAUACAUACAUACAUACAUACAUACAUACAUACAUACAUACAUACAUACAUACAGGGUAGGGUGAAAGUAAUACAAUAUAUUAAGAGAUGUCAAGAUUUCUUUUAGCAAAAUUGUACAAAUAAAUACAAAUGAGAGCAAAGCGUACACACACAGAGACACACGAGGAAAAAGUUUCCACCUAGUUAGAAUUAGAUUGCAUGACUCCAGACACUUUCUGGAAACUGGGUUCUCCAAAAUUAUCCCCGAGCAUUUUCGGUCUAAACCAAAACGUGAAGAGACCCACAGCUUGGCCUUUAGGAGCUGCACUACUAGUCUUGUUAUCAACAUUGUGGUUUUCGGGAUUCAAUGUGACCUGCAUGUUUAUGAAGGCCAUACUGACGCACAUGUUGACUCGUAUUACUUUCGUGCUUGCCCUGUACUGUAGCGCAAAGAUGACAAAAUGCCAUAUGUCAACGUCUCUACAAAUGUAAUUGACUGUGAUUCUUGUAUAACUUCUUCCCAUUUAUUGCUGUGCGACCCUUUGGACAUGUGUGAAGCGAGCCAUCUUCUUUUGUUUCUGCCUUCAUUCUCAGUAUUAUGGAACUAGCAUACACUUCCAUACGCUAUAGUCUGGCCGAUGGAGUACAUCUUGCUACACAUCAUUCCGGUUCUCUUUUCACUGUUUCUUUGAAGGUAUAUGGAAGCCCAUCCAUUUUUCGAAAAAUGGGAGUGUGCUACUUUCUUCUUCGGGCAAGGAAGCACUAGCAUUUGUAACACACCUCGCCCAAAUUGGCAUUUUUCUGGAGCUGAUCUGUGACACACGUUUCUCAAACAGGCAAAACAUGUGAUGCUGUUGUUAUUGUCGUUGUAAAUGUUUAUGCUUCCGUCACUUAUGUUUGUAAAUGUAGGAAUGUCUGUGUUUAAAAACAUAGAUACCUGAGCAAUUGCCAUAUUUUAAAAUCCGAUUUCUUCUUACAAAAUUGUCAACAUAUUUUUCAAAAUUUCGCUGAGGUUUAUUUGCCACUAUAUCAAUCGUUGUUACCGUAUCCUUCUCUUCCCCCCAGGGCUGGGCACAUUGCGCCAUAUUUUGUUCUCUCCAAGAUAAUGUAGUUGAUGCUCAAACAUCUUAAAGCCUUUCUCCUGGGAAAAAAAUAGGAAAAGAAAUAAUUAAAUAUACUUACUUUUUCAUCUGAAGCCUGUAAUAUAUGUCC